AUGUGGCACUACAAGUCAAGGCGUGAGACAAUUCAAAACGUGGCAAACCCCACAUCCCAAAUUCUACGAGACUUUAGAGAAAAGGAAACCAAGGCAAUUGAGACGCCUCGUCGUAGAGGCGGGCAGUCUUCAAUCCAUUCCGUGUUUAUCGACGGGCAGUCUUCAAUCCAUUCCGUGUUUAUCGACGAGGACGCCGGUAAACGCUUCAUCGACUCUCACUCUCGGUCGCGGCACAUUCGUGACUCUCCGCUCCACCAGCAACCGUAUCAGCUGCAGCGGGCGAAUCGAGAGACACAGCAACUCUCCGCAGACGAGGAAAUUGACUCGAAAUGGACCGACGUGCUCCCUCUUGGCUCCCAGGCCAGCUCCCAGGCCAGCUCCGGCGGUUUGUUUCUCGAGGCCUCUCGCCUCAAUCACUCCUGCAGGCACAACUCGCAGAAGACAUGUGCCGUGGUCGGGACUGCCGAAUUCUGAUUGCUCAGCGUUCCCUGCUGGAUCCACCAAGGCUAGCCAAUCAGAUUCCGCGCUACCCUUGGCCUGUUUCUAACAGCUUCCCCCUCAUUGCGAUAUCUGCCUGGCUGUAAGGAAAGAGCACCCCAGAGCCCGUGGCCCACCUGUGCGCACGCACCACCCUACAAGCCAGAAGGAUCCACACUGUGGUGCAGCCACAGUCACAAGGAGCCUGUCACGGCAGGGUCCAGAAACCCCUCAUUGGAUGUAUCGGAUUUAGGCGGGGGUCAGUGUGAGUGAAGGCAGGUACGCCUGAUCAAGGUGGUCACAAUGAAGGUACUGGAGCGAGCGAGCAAUGAUCCGCGCGAGGUUAUCU